CUCUUUCGUGAUUGCAGUCCUCUCGGUCCUCUCCCUCGCAAAACAAUUGUGCGCAGAUUGUGCCGAGCACGGAGAUUCUAAUCGGCGGCUAUUGGCGGAGAGAAGCAGUGAACGCCUAUUUCUGGUCUAAUGGAGGAAAAGCUGUCCGUUUCACCUGCAAGCCUCGUCGAUCAGCUAGUAGUUCCAGGAGAUGUGAUUCUUGAUCUAUCAAGUAUGGCGAACCAAACCAUCAAACUCGGGGGCGGCCUCCGUCAGGAUGGUGAUGUUAUAUCUGUCAUCAAGGCUGGGAAACUUAGGUUCUCAAAGCCAAACAAAUAUUGGGUGGAAAGCUCUCAUAAAAGAUAUGUUCCUUCUGUGGAAGAUCAUGUUCUUGGAAUUGUGGUCGACUGUAAAGCAGAUAACUUUCUUGUGGACAUAAAAGGACCUUCCUUGGCCUUUUUGCCAGUCCUUGCUUUUGAAGGAGGUACCAGGAGGAACAUACCCAAAUUUCAGGUAGGCGCUUUGCUCUAUGUUAGGGUUGUGAAGGCAAAUCCUAGCAUGAAUCCGGAGCUGUCAUGCACUGAUGCCAGUGGAAAAGCGGCAGAAUUCGGUCUCCUCAAAGAUGGCUACAUGUUUGAGUCUUCAACUGGUCUUUCAAGAAUGCUGUUGAGCUCACCAACAUGUCCGGUUCUUGAGGAUCUUGGAAAGAAGCUGUCCUUUGAGAUAGCAGUUGGCUUAAAUGGCCGGGUUUGGGUGAAUGCUGACUCUCCAUCAUCAAUUGUCAUUGUUGCUAAAGCCAUAAUGAACUCCGAGUUUUUAAGUGCAGCCCAACAGAGAAUCAUGGUGAAGAAACUUUUCGACAAAAUCCAGUCAUCAACGGUGUGAAUGAUUCACGAAAGAAAUAUCACAGCUUGUGCACAAAUUCACAAUUUUGUCAUCAAGUCGAGGAGCCAAUCUCGCGGUACAAGGAAACGGAACGUCAAUGGCAGCUAUGUUACAGUUUUUUGAGCAUGAUGCAACUCUGAGCCAGUGGCUUGUGUCGAGUGGAAUAAGUUAUUAGAGUCGUAAUGGUUUGGUUGAUGGUUUAGCAAAUAGAGACUCAUAGUGUAACUGUAUAUUCCUCUUAAUACUUUGAAAGUUUGAAUUGCCCCAACAAGACAUUGAUCAUAUUUUUCUUUUUUCUUUUCUUUUGCCAGGAACAAAUUGCAGUUUUUUUUUUUUUUUUUUUUUUUACAUGCGAUAAUGUUGUAUUUCUUGAACUGGCAAUGGUUUGUUUCACCUA